AUGGACGAGUUCGACGCGCUCGUUGCCGAUGCGGAGGAGCACGAGGGCGCCGGAGCGGCCCAGCGUUCACCCAAGCGUCUCCGCUCCACCUCGCCCAGUCCCUCUCCGUCUGCGGCGGCAACCCUCGAGCAGCCGUACGUGGAGCCCGCGGCGGCGCAGGCAAACCUCGAGGUGAAGCAGGAGCAGGCAGAGCCGGAGCCAGCGCCGCCGGAGGCUGCACCGCUCGACGAGGGCGACGAGGUGGUGGUGAUUUACUCCAUGAGCCGGGAGGAGCGCGAGCGUGAGGCGCGUGCCAACGCUGUUGACCUGGACGCGGCGUCGCAAGAGGAGCCGUUCCUCUGCGGCUGCGUCGCAGCCGCGCGGCGCAAGGACAACGUCGGCGAGUCGCGCGUCGCCGCGGGCAAGGCGGACCCGGCGGUGGACGACCCACACCUGGUGCAUGGUGGCUGGCUGGACAUGUCCAAGAACACGCCCUUCGGCCUGAGAGAGACGACGGGCAAGUUCGCCUUCCAGAGCGCCGCGUGGCGCGCCGCGCGCUUCCGCGUGCACCACCUCCUCACCGUCCACCGCACGAGAGAGCCGCUGCUGCUCAGCGCGCUCACCGACCUGCGCGCCGGCGCGUCCGGGGGCCGCACGCCCGACACGGAGGCCGUCGGCAGGCUCCUCGACGCGACACGCCGGCCGCUGCAGCCGCGGGGCGGUGUCGUGGCGACGCGGCUCUUCCCAAAGCGCAUGAAUGUGCACCAGCAGAACGCGGCGAAGCUCGCCGAGCUGGACGUGCGUACGCGGCAGGUCUACCAGGCAAGCGACACCGUUGAGCUCUGCAAGGAUGCACCGCCGUGGGCGGACGAGCUGCUCGGCGACAAGUUCUUCUCGGAUGACUGCCAGGCGAGGCUUCCUCUCGCUGCGGGCAAGCACCUCGAGCUGCGGCUCAACGCGCAGGUGAUGCUGCUGCGCAACGAGACCGCCUCCGCAGACGAGGCGGAGCGGCGGCAGCCGGGCGCGCGCCGGCUCGUCAACGGGAGCCGCGGCGUCGUGAUCGCUUUCGACUACUCGUGCCCGCUCCGCUCCGACGACCGCACCACAUUCCGUCCAGGACGCGUCCAUGACUCAUGUUCGACGACCCUGCGGGCUCGGCCGGCCGGUGGUGUCGACUCGGACCCGCGGUGCGGCGACGACUACCGCUCGCCGCCGCCUCCGCUGCCAACCGAGCCGCCGCCCGAGAACGCGCUCAUAUCGCCGCUGUGGGAGGCGCGGCGCAAGCCGGGCGGGGGCGUGUUCUGGCGGCACCGGCUGACGAUGGAGGAGAGCGAGAAGCCACCGGCGAUGCUGUACCCGGUGGUCCGCUUCGUCGGCAAGAACGGGCAGCCGGGCCGCAUCAAGCUCAUCCGCCCCGAGCUCUUCGUGCGGACCAUCUACCUCAAGGCGUCGCUCGAGCGGACGCAGGCCGCCCCCCCCCUCGAGUAG